AUGACUUACUACGGCGACAAUGCUCCUGAACUUGCUGCCUCGGUCAUCGCGCUGACAGUAAUCGCGUUCACUCUUUUCGGGUUACGAGUCUAUACGAGACUACACAACAAUGCUUGGGGCUUAGACGACUGGAGCAUGACAGCUGCCACUGUCCCCUUUACCGGCUUGACGAUAGCAUGCAUAGGGGGUGCUUUCAGUGGAGUUGGAGUCCACGACUCCAGACUAAGUGAUCAAGAAAAAGUACAAGGAAUGGAGUUCUUCUUCUUCUUCGAAGUAUUUUACUGCGCGGCUAUCAUCCCAAUUAAGAUGAGCAUCACAUUCAUGCUCAUCCGCAUCGCAUCACGAAGAGUUACCUACAUCUACGCCCUGUGGGUCGUUUCGGCCAUGUUCAUCGUCAUGAACCUGAUUGCGAUGUUGUACAUCAUUUUUCAGUGCACUCCGGUGUCGUGGGCUUGGGAUACUUCGACCCCUGGUGGGAAAUGCAACCCAGCGCAAACACUGGCGGACAUAUACUACGCGACGACUGCGGUCAACAUUGCGACGGAUUGGUUCUGCGCGCUCUUGCCCAUACCGCUGCUUUGGAAUGUACAGUUGAACCGUAAUGCUAAGCUUUCGGUCGGUGUCAUUCUCGGCCUCGGUGCCUUAGCGAGUCUUUCAGCCUGCAUCCGCCUGGUCUAUACUGUAAAUCUCACGAGCUCGACCGAUUACCUCCAUGGUGUAUCGAAGGUGAUCCUGUGGGGUUACGCCGAGAAUGGCGUCGGCAUGAUCGUAGGAUGCGUUGCCACACUUCGCCCUCUCCUCCAGCGCGUACUCAAACUCGGAAGCAGCGGCGGCACCAAUCCUCAACAUACACCUGCAGCAGGCUACGCGAAACGCCCGAUUAUAAAGAGCCGUUUGAGUGGAAGGGAUGAGGAGUGGGUUGCCCUCGAGGAUAAUCAGAUGGUGAACAUGGUGCAUGGGCAAGGCACUACUGGCAGUGAAGAAUACAUAUUGCCUGUGAAAGGAGGAGGUAUCCAAGUUACCAGAAGCGUGGAGCAACGAUCUAGCGCUGUCAAAGAAUAG